CAGCCUGUCUUCCCACCUGGUUGUCACUCCCCCCUCCCCUCAGUUUCCCCCCCUUCUCCCUCUUCAGAAUCUUCUGGGUGGCGUAGCUGAGCGGUGAACAAUAGGGAGAGGACGGGUGAGGCUGGGGGGAGCUUAGCAAGUUGGAGGUCAGACCUUCCGAGGGAAUCUUCUAAUGAUCUUAGGACGCUUAGCUGGCCUGGUUCUGUCCACCUUGUCGCCUGCCCUCCCCUGUCCAUCAUGUUCAGUUGCCCGGGGGAUGGUGAGGAGGCUGGCUAAGCGGAGGAAAGGGAGGGAGCGGACCCUGUGUAAGAAUCCACAGCAGCAGCCGGAGGAGACGGGCCCUCGCCCCCGCCGCUCGGGGCCGGGAUGGGGCAGCAGUUCAGCUGGGAGCAGGCGGAGGCGGCCGGCGAGGUGGACGUGGCGGAGCUCCAGGAGUGGUACAAGAAGUUUGUGGUGGAGUGCCCCAGCGGCACGCUCUUCAUGCACGAGUUUAAGCGCUUCUUCAAGGUCACGGGCAACGAGGAGGCCACCCAGUACGUGGAGGGCAUGUUCCGCGCCUUCGACAAGAACGGGGACAACACCAUCGACUUCCUGGAGUACGUGGCAGCGCUGAACCUGGUGCUGAGGGGCACGCUGGAGCACAAGCUGAAGUGGACCUUCAAGAUCUACGACAAGGACGGCAACGGCUGCAUCGACCGCCCGGAGCUGCUGGACAUCGUGGAGGCGAUCUACAAGCUGAAGAAAGCCUGCAGGGUGGAAGGGGAGGCCGGGCAGCAAGGCCAGCUGCUCACGCCGGAGGAGGUCGUGGACAGGAUCUUCCUCCUGGUGGACACGAACGGAGACGGCCAGCUGUCUCUGAGCGAGUUCGUUGAGGGCGCCCGCCGGGAUCAGUGGGUGAUGAAGAUGCUGCAGAUGGACGUGAGCCCGGGCGGCUGGAUCUCCCAGCAGAGGCGGAGGAGCGCCAUGUUCUGAGGGCACCUGCCCCGCCCAGACUCCAGGCUCAGCGGGUGUCCGGAGCAGGGGGGCAGGGGGCCUGGCCCAGCCCCCUCAGCUUACCCCCUCCAGCCGCUCCUGGGCUGAGCCAUGGUGGGGCCCCCGCCAAUCCCUACAUGAUUCUUAGCUGGAAGCAGGGCGCCCUGAGGGGUGGGUCCCACAGGCCCAGCUCACAGUGAGCAUGCCCACCCAGUGGGAGGCAGGCUGGCAGGAGGCGGGCCUGGGAGGCGCUGAGUCUGAAGAAGACUCACCUAGUGUGUGAGGGGGUAGUUACCUCCCCCCGGAUCCUGAGGAUGUUCACAGAGGGUGCUCACUCCUCCCCAGUUGUCCCCUCCUGGGUGUCAGCAGGGACACUGUGGGGAGGCAGGCUGGGCUCUCCCGCCCUCGGAGGGUCAGCUGUCUGCUCCCUCAGCCCCCGCUGCACCCCACCCUCUGCUCCCCUCCCUACCCCUGGCCCCACACUUGCCUCUCCAACGCCCUCCCCAGCAUUGCCCUCCCACGAUUCCCAGCCACAAGCCCAACAUGUCUCCUUAGGGAAUGGAGAGAACUGGGGAGAACAGGGGGAGAGGAUGGGGGAGGCUGAUGACCUGGGUUCUAGGUCAGACCUGCUGUGUGACCCCGACGGCCACUUCUCCUUCGGACCUCGGUUUCCUGGUCUGCACAGGGAGCAGGCCUGGACCAGACCAGCAUGUUCAGAUGAUUAUUUUUUGGAAUUUGAAUUAUUUUCGUUACACAAAUUCUGUGCACAACCCCAGUGUAGAAACUAGAUUAAAAUGGAGCCACCCUGGUUGAUGGGGGG